CCCUGGGUCCCUUUCUCCCCCUUUGCACUUCGCAGGCUUCAGGCCUGGCCAGAUGCUGCGCCGCGGUCACAAGUUCCCCCAUCACCAAGUCGGCUGGGUAAGGGUCCCCCAGGAAGACGCAGCUCCGACACCCAGCGUCUCCGAGGCCGCGGUCUCCCGCGGACACCCCGUGGCCUCGAGUGAUCGUCGGGACCCCGCGGCCUCGAGUGAUUGUGGGGUCUCCACGGGCCGGGGGCUCCGGGACGGAUCCGGCCGAAGGCGGCUCCUCCCAAGACCGCAGGCGACAUGAACAUCCUAGCCCCCGUGCGCAGGGACCGCGUCCUGGCCGAGCUGCCCCAGUGCCUGAGGAAGGAGGCCGCUUUGCACGUGCGCAGAGACUUCCACCCCCGCGUCACUUGCGCCUGCCAGGAGCACCGGACAGGCACCGUGGGCAGAUUUAAGAUAUCCAAGGUCAUUGUUGUGGGGGACCUGUCUGUGGGAAAGACCUGCCUCAUUAAUAGGUUCUGUAAAGAUACCUUUGAUAAGAAUUACAAGGCCACCAUCGGAGUGGACUUUGAGAUGGAACGAUUUGAAGUUUUGGGUGUCCCCUUCAGUCUCCAACUUUGGGACACCGCUGGACAGGAGAGGUUCAAAUGCAUCGCAUCAACCUACUACCGAGGAGCUCAAGCCAUCAUUAUUGUCUUCAAUCUGAAUGAUGUGGCGUCCCUGGAACAUACCAAGCAGUGGCUUGCUGAUGCACUCAAGGAGAAUGACCCUUCCAGCGUGCUUCUCUUCCUUGUGGGCUCCAAGAAGGACCUGAGUACUCCUGCUCAGUAUGCAUUAAUGGAGAAAGAUGCCCUCAAGGUGGCCCAAGAGAUUAAAGCUGAGUACUGGGCAGUGUCGUCCCUCACUGGUGAGAAUGUCCGGGAGUUUUUCUUCCGUGUGGCAGCACUGACCUUUGAGACCAAUGUUCUGGCUGAGCUGGAGAAAUCAGGGGCUCGGCGCAUUGGGGAUGUUGUCCGCAUAAACAGUGACGACAGCAACCUCUACCUAACUGCCAACAAGAAGAAGGCCACAUGUUGUCCCUGAGGGGUGAGGAUCGUUCAGAGACCGCUCAUUCCCUGUCACCUUAUCUGCGCCAGAGCUUGGACAUUUGCACUGACUUUUUCCAGACCAAAGAGCUGCCCCUUGAUGGCAGUACCACCAGAGGGGCAAAUGGGACCAUGCUAGUUACUUUCUGCCCCUCAGGCACCAUGACAAAGCUUGGGUGACCCCCUACUUGUUUGGGGUUUCCAGGGUACCCAGAAGCUAGGGGGAGGCAGUGUUCCUGCUAGCCUGUUGGGUCUUUUGUGCAUGAGGAUGUCUAGUAAUUGCAGCCUUGUACUGUGCGUGCCUUGUGCAUUAAAAUCUCUUUGUUAUUUGCA